GGGGCUGCAGCGCGGGGGACCCGGCGGCGGGAGCUUGGCCCACCCGAGCUGUUGCUGAGGGGAUGUGGCGGGGCGCUCCCCAGCCGCAGCUGCUCCGGGAGGCGGAGCUGAAGCGCGGCGCGGGAGCGGAGCGCCCUCGUAGCGCGGCUCCUGAAUCCCCGCCCCGCUGCAUCCCGGCCGCAGGGUCGCCCUUUUCUGUCCAUCUCUGUUGCGGAAGCAAACAAGCAUUUCCUCGUUGUAUUUUUUCAUAUAAACCUCUAAAAACAAACAAAAAAAAAAGUCUGCAAGGCUUUAACAAAUCUGUGAAGGAUGCUUCAGUGUUUUUAAACAUUGUGGACAUUUAAACCUUUCCUUCUCAGCAUCCUGGAAAGGACACCGGGGGAGCUGGGUAGUUUGUUUUUCCCCGAGUUUCCAGGUGCGUCCCACUGUCUCGUAGCCUGGCUCAGGUGUGCAAACACACGGUUUGACCGAGGCAGCUGCUGCCUGGUUUGUCGAAGUCUCUUGGUUUCGGGACACUUUAGAGCACUCAGCGGCUCUUCUGCCCUGAACAAAAUGUCCAUAGGGACCUGUCCCAUGGACAAACUCACCCUUUCUGAGAAAUUUGGGGUAAGUUACUUCAGACUCUGUGAACCUGCAAAUAGACAAAGCUGAUAGCUUUAUGGCAGAGCUGGGGACUGUUACGCAGAUGGACAGAUGAGUAUUUAUGACUGGCUGCUUGCAUGGGGUUUCCUGUGUUGCAAGGAAUAAAUGAUACAGAAAUCAAUGCACUUGCCAGUUGUUUUGUAGAAGGCAAUAAAAUAGAGAGGUACUACUGAGUGCAGAAUUACUACUGCAUAGGCAGUGAAUGCUGUGUAAAAGGUUUGUGGCUUUUGUUUGUUUUUAUGGGGUUUUUGACUUUUAGUUGUUUUUAAAUACCAAGUAUCCUAAAUAUUUACUAUUUACUGCCACAAGAAUGUUGGAAACAAUAAAAGUAAUGUGAUCUGACCUUUACCAAUAUUUUUUUCCCUUAUGGUGCACCAAUGUAGUGUGAGCAGUCCCCACCAGUUUGCUGGGUGCCACUUAGGGUGUGCAGUUCUCUACCUAAGUGGCACUUGCUGUCAGUCUUCAGCAUGGCCAAAAUCCAAGUGAGAGAUUUGAGGUCUAAUCCCACAAACCCUUCCUUGCAUGAAGCAUCUCAUUUGCUUUGGGUAAACAAACCAAUGUAAAACUUGCUCAUAGGAACCUAUGCCAGCAUGCAGAGUGAAAGGUUUUUUAGUGCAAGUAAUAUUUGCUGCCAUUAAACAACCUGCCCUUGUUUCAAAUGGGAGUAGUUCUGGGUCCUGACCCGGGGCAGGAGGGUUCAGCUCCAGCUAAUCCUGGCUGCCUGAAGUUUAUUUUUAGUUCAGAAUUAGCUGAGGUUCAAUGUGAGCAGCGUGAGGGAGCCUAGACCAGUUCACAGUGCCUCUUCCAGGGAACGACUUCAGAUGAUAUGGGAAAGAAACAAGUGUGCCCGCCUCGUGCCCUCCCUCCAGUGCCAAGUGGAAGCCAAGAUGAAAUUCCACUCAGUCGUCCCAAAAAAAGGAAACCCAAAGGAAAGACUCCAUUAGAUGGCAUCGUGCAAGCAGCGGUUCGUCGGCAGUCUGAGAGCAGCGAGCCCCUGACCCCUGAGCCCCCUGAUGCCCCUCCUCAGAGGAAGCGCAAGAAGAAGAAAGUACCUGCUGAUUCUGAGACCUCUUUUACCCAGCAGAAUGUGGCAUCCCUAUUUCAGAAUGGAAAUGGCAUGGAUGUCCCUGACGCUGAAGAAACGGUGAUCCGCAAACAGAGAAAAAGAACAAAGAAACCUCGGCCAGCUGAAGUGAGCUCCAAUGAGCUGGAAGUGGAGGAGGAAGACAUCAUUGAAGAUGAGCACAGGAAGAGCCCAGAUCAGCAGCCUGUGUUUGCUGCUCCCACUGGAAUUAGUCAGCCUGUUAGCAAAGUGUUUGUUGAAAAAAAUCGGCGUUUUCAUGCAGCUGACCGUGCAGAAUUGAUUAAAACCACUGAAAAUAUCAAUGUGCUUUUGGACGUGAAGGCUUCGUGGACUACUAGAGAUGUUGCCCUCUCAGUGCACCGAAGUUUCAGGGUGUUGGGCCUCUUCACCCAUGGCUUCCUUGCUGGUUAUGCUGUAUGGAACAUCGUGGUUAUCUACAUUCUGGCAGGAAAUGAGCUUUCCAUGGUUUCUAACCUGCUUGAGCAGUAUAAGACAAUAGCAUACCCAGCUCAAAGUUUGUUCUAUUUUUUGCUGUCUAUCAGUACAGUCUCAGCCUUUGACAGGAUUGAUCUGGCAAAGGCAUCAGUUGCACUGAGGGGCUUUCUGACCCUAGACCCAGCAGCACUAGCUUCUUUCUUGUACUUUGCUGCUCUUAUCUUAUCCUUAAGCCAGCAGAUGACGUGUGACAGAAUCCACCUCUACACGCCACCUUCGGAAAACGGCAGUAUCUGGACUGCAGGUACAGAGACAGAAAUUGUUCAUUCGUGGGUUGUGGUGAAUCUCGUAGUGUCUGUUCUGGUUGGGACAAGUUGGAUCUUCUUAAGCUCCCGACCUGAGCUAGACCACAGUGAAGAACUGAUGUUUCAUUCUGAAAUUGAGGAAUUUCCUCAUGGAGAUGUCAUACCCAGAGUUCAGCCAUAAGUGUGGAACAAGAAUCUGCAUACAUUGUAGCUGGGACUGAUGGCUCAACAUGUUGUGUAUUAUAGCUAUGUAUUAUAAUUUUCAUAAAGGAAAAAUGUAUUUUUAUAUUGUAUAUAUUUCAUGUUGAACUUUUUAUGUACGUUACAGUUUCCAAAUGUGAUUGAAAACUUUUAUACUUUUGCUUUUUAUUUUACAAAGUAGAUUAUCCCUAGUGCAUAAAGUCAAGGUGAUUUUGGAAAUACUGCUACCUACAUAGCCAAAGACACUAGAGGGAUGCAGAUCAGGUGUUCAGUGCUUUUUUGACUCUCUACACUCUUCAACAACCUGCUCUUGUUACUAAUGCAAACAGCAGUUAGCUUAUCUGAUUUGGUUAAACAUUUUCUAGAGAUUAAAAAAAAAUCUUACGACAAAAGUAGCCUAAGCAGCAAAAGUAGCCAAAUUUAUAACAAAACAGAGUUAGGAAACAUAAACCCCACCAAGUUAGUAAUCUUAAAAUAAUCUACAUUUAUUUCUCAGAAAAUAUUUUUCUAGAAGAAAAGAUUAAAUUGACAGGGAUUUUUUUAAAUAAUCUAUAAAAGAGGAUUAUUAAAAUUCACUUUUUUAAUCUUCAUUUAGUUCUCUUGACAAAAAUCUUGAUGAUUACAAGUUCUUAUAGGCUGAUGUAGAUAAAAGACAAAGAAGUUUUAAUGUUGCAACAGUUUGGUCAGUUAAAUGCAUCUUCUCAUCAAACAGGGUGUUUUUGUGUUGCCAGCUGGAUGUAUCUGUGUCCUGUAAUUUCUCAACAGUCAGGCAGUGUAACUAUUCCAAAGCCACUCACAAGAAUAGUGUUCUGAGUUCUCCUUAUCUGGCGUGACAAGAGCAAUCCUUUUAUUCACUGCUCUUUAUAAACAAACUUGGAUUUCAUCGAUGUUAAAAACGUUCCUACCUAUUUUGCCAAAUUGUUGUUUUGUGUUAGGAUAGAAUGGGAAAUUUCUUCCUAAAAUGACAAGAAAAUGCUUAUUAAAUCAACCCAAAAAGUUUGCAGCAACCCACCUUCUAUGCAGUGACACAGCUGUAAUUGUGGCAGGCAAUGGGUUUUGCUGAUGAGAUUAAUCCUUUUAUAUUCAAGUGGCAAAAUGAAAGCAUUGCAGAUGUGAAUAUAUACAGAUACAUUGCAGGAAGAAACAAUCUCCUUAGUAAACACAGAUGAGGUCUAGUUUGAAAACCAUUUAUCAA